GUCAAACUUGGUGCAUCAUUGCUUUCUGUCAAAAUAAAAUAAGUUAACGAAAAUGGAAAAGGACGAAGAGGAUGAGGCUAGCAAAAAUGAAGAUUAUGAGCCGACUGUAUUUUCUCAUAAUCCUACAGAACGGAUAAUGGCUCGACAAAUACGAAUACAACGACGUGUUGAUGCCUUGCGCAAAGCGAAAGAACUUGUUGAAGCUCAAGAAAGGGCUGGAGAUAACGUCACAUUAGAAUCUGAAGUUCCUAAAACUAACAUUGACCUACAAGUUGACAAGAGUUUAGAGCUCCUGGAGAAACUGAUUUUAGAAGGAGAAGAGCAUGUGACCAACGUUAGAGUGGCAACCGAAGCUCGAGAAGCAGAUCGACGUGAGCGUGAAGGUUUUGGUAAAGGAAAAUUACUGCAGCAACUCGAAGAAGAAGCUGCAUCUGCUGCCGAUAUGUUUAAUGAAAUUGCAGAAAAGUGGAGUGGCAUUUUAAAAUACAACGACCCACUGCAUAUAAGUGAUGAUAUUCAAAGCCAAAAAGAAAAAUGUGACGAACUUAUUAAGGAAAAAAAUGCGAUUAUUGCAGACUUACGAGAAAAAUUAAAGAAGGCUGAAAUUAAUUUUGCAGUUGAUCAAAGAAAGCAAGUUGAAGAUGUUAAUUCAAUCGCAAAGAGAAUUGAAAAUCAGAUCAUCAUUAUGAGAAAGGCAUAUAGACAGGAACUUCAAAUGGUUGAAGAUGUUAUAAAGGCUGAACGUCAAAUUUUAAUUGAAACUAAUAACAAAAAGUGGGAUGAACUGCAUAAAAAGCGCGAUCAAGAAGAAAAGAGUAAUGCCGAUUUGAGAUCGGAAGAUUAUUGGAAAUUUGUCCAAGACAUGGACAAUGUGAAUCGCGAUUUUCAGGAACUCUAUCGUACAACCACAAUCAAGCUGGAAAAUGAAUGUGAUGAAUUGCAAAGAGAGUAUGAACGUAUAAAGAGAGAUGCGAUCAUGAACAGUGAAAAAUUAGAUUACAAUUACCAAAUUUUAAAAAAGCGAGAAGAUGAAAACCUCAUUAUCAAAUCUCAACAAAAGCGCCGAAUUAAUAAGUUACAGGAUAUUAUUAAUUCAUUGAGAAAGAAAAAUAAUGAUUACCACACUCAAACAACUCAACAGAUUGAAAAAUUGACUGUAGAAAUUAAAAAAUUAUGUAAAAAUAUUUUGGAUAUUGAAAACAAAGCUGAUCAUCUUGCUGCAGUUAAUAACGAAAAAUUUAAAAAAAUUUGGAAUAUGAACAAGAAACGAGCGGAUGAAUUGUUUACAAGAGUUCUAGACAUUGAUAAAGUUCUGCACGAACAACAGUUAGGAUUAGAGUGGACACCACCUGAGUAUAGUUUACCACCUAAGAUGCUGCUAGACACUACCAAAACGACAAGCACAACUAAAAUUAAAAACAAAACCAAGUCGACUUCCGCAGGAUUCGAAGGAGAUUUAGAACAAGACACUGAUUAUGAGAAUAGUGUCGUCUAUAAAAGAACAAUUAGACACAUAUUAAAUUUAAUUGCUGAUAAAACUGGAUUCUUAAUUGAGGAUGUGUUACACAAAAUUCUAGAACCGUAUUUAGAGUACGAACGAACUUUGGUAAAAGUAGACAAUGUUUUCGCUGCCCUUCAUCUUAAAGAAAAAAGUAACAUUGACGUUCUUUUUGAAUUUUUUUUUCCGUAUAUGUUUUGUCCUAUAUGUAAUGUGGCACCCGAGAAAAUUACUGGCGAGGACGAAAGUGUAGUGCAUGUGCACGAAAUGGAACCUGUGAAUCUUGCAGAGUUAACAUCUGAGAACAAGACUAAGUCCAGUGAUGGAGGAACCGUUGACUUAUCGAUCGAUCUACAACAUGUUGAUCCUAGCCAAGGGGGUACUAUUGUAGAAGUUGGUCCACUGACUGUUACAAUUUUUGAUGAAAACUUGAAAGGAGAAUGUCGUGGCCCUGAUAAAUUUGCCGAUGAAAAUGCAAAAGAUGUCGAGAGUUACUCUUUGUCGGGAGAUUUACGUACUGGAACUAUUCUUUGUCAGUAUCAACAUCCUCUCAUGAUAAGCUCAGUAUAUGUAUUAAAAGCACUGAAAGAAUUUCUUUCUAAGUACCACAUUCCUAAAGCCGGUAUGCCCACAAUGAGUAUAAGACUUGGUUUUAAAAGGAGUACCAUGUCACGAUUAAUACUGCCCGGAGAUGUGGAAGUGUACUGGGAAAAAUAUCUUAAACUUUUUCCGGACGACAGAGAACAACUGUGGAACAGUCUUUUGGAAGGUUUAAAAAAGUACCAUGAGUUAUUGAAAGCUCGCAAAACAGCUAGUGAAGAAGUGGUCAGCUUGCGUCGACAAAAUUUAGACCUGAGAAGAGUCUUUGCUAAUUAUAUCCAUAAAAACGAUAUACCUUAUUAAUGUACAUCCUCUCGAAAAGAUAAAAAUAAAUUUGUA